AUGACCAUCAAUCACAAAACAGACAUACAGAAGGGAAGGUUCCAAGGAAGGAAACCCAUCGGAACUCCCUCCUCUCGCGGCAAACGCCAUUGGAUCACAGAAAUGCCCUUCCAUCCCUCUCCUCCGAAAAGAACAGCCUGGGCUUGCGCGCGGCAGACGUACGUCGGCUACCCACCCACACACAGCAGGCAGAAGAGGAAGCAGAAGAGGGCGAGAAAUCUAAGGGUCUGGCAAGCGAUUCGUCGUGCGAACCGCGGGGAGGGAUCAAGGAAGUACAAAUUGUAG